UUCGGCCUUUCUUUUGUUCUUUUUAUUUAUCCUUCCUUUACUUCAAUCCGCUCAAUCUCCACCCAAUUCAGUAAUCCACGUUCUGGCCUGUGCCUAGCGGAACCCUUGUGACACCGGAACCAAUAUGCUGUACUGCGCUGAAAGGCAGAGGACUGUUUUGGCGAAGGACCACCGAGUCUCUGAGAAGGGUUGGUCGGGACAGUUCCGGCGGGAGAACGCGGCAGUGAGGUCUUCGUCUUCAUCUUCUGAUAUGCACCGACAGAAUUUUCGACCCCCGACUCCUCCCUACCCCGGCGCGGGUGUAGGAGGUUGGGGUAGCGGGAGCAGCUUCCGGGGUACCCCGGGCGGAGGCGGACCGCGGCCGCCCUCCCCUCGGGACGGGUACGGGAGUCCGCACCACACGCCGCCGUACGGGCCCCGGUCUAGGCCCUACGGGAGCAGCCACUCUCCGCGACACGGCGGCAGCUUCCCGGGGGGCCGAUUCGGGUCUCCGUCCCCUGGCGGCUACCCUGGCUCCUACUCCAAGUCCCCCGCGGGGUCCCAGCAGCAAUUCGGCUACUCCCCAGGGCAGCAGCAGACCCACCCCCAGGGUUCUCCAAGGACAUCUACACCAUUUGGAUCAGGGCGUGGUAGAGAAAAAAGAAUGUCUAAUGAGUUGGAAAGUUAUUUCAAGCCUUCAAUGCUUGAAGACCCUUGGGCUGGCCUAGAACCAGUAUCUGUAGUGGAUAUUAACCAACAGUACAGCAAUACUCAAACAUUCACAGGCAAAAAAGGAAGAUACUUUUGUUAACAUUUCUGAAAUUCACCGGGAAGCUUCUUGUGACAGGAACAUCUUGGACAAAACUUUUACUUGUGUAAUUAAGUUGAACCCUAAGAUGGUGACUUUGAAUAAUUAGUUGGGUCUUCUUGGUAUUUUUCAUCAUAUCAAGUAUUGUUGAUAAUAGAGAAAACAUCCAGUAGAAUAAUUUGCAAUAUUUAGCUCUUUGGAAGUGCCUACCACAUUUUAGAAGAUUUACAGUUUCCAGAUAUUUAACGUUCAUGGUUAUAUAAUGGACAUUUGUCUUUUCAAUGGUUUUUCCAAUGUUUUAAAAUAAAACAUUUUGUCUUUCUA